AUGCGCUCUCAUCAUCAUAAGAAAUUACAUAAAUAUCGUGGUGAUGAUGAUGCUCAAAGUCAAUGUGAAAACCCUGUGGAUAGUAAUGAUAUAUUCGAUUUUGAGCCAAUUCAAGAAAAAGCAAAUUCCGUUACUACUGAACAACAAAUCGAUGAUUCUGAUUACUCAAGAGCAUCAAUUAAAGAAUCGCGAGAGUAUCAAUUAUUGCAAUGUAUUAAUGAAUUUCGACUUCAGUCAGGAUUUCCUCGAUUGAAAUUUAAAAACAGUUUGGGGGAUUAUGCAUAUAACAUAGCAAUGAAAUUACCUGUACAAUAUGAAAAUAAUGGACAAUUCGCAAUAAUGUCUCAGAUGUAUUUUUAUGAUUUUUAUAAUGAUGAAGAACCCGAAGAACUUGUUAGGAAAUGGAUGUACGAUUCGAGUAAAUUACAAGUUUUAUUAGCUACUGGAAAUCUUGGAAAUAUAUCUAUUGUUCCAAGCCAACAAGGUCUAAUUGUCAUAGUUUUUAUAAUCUCGACCUUUUCACCUUAG